CACUCUCUCUUCGCCAUUGUAGAUCAUUCUCAAUCUCUAAAGGUUUUGACUUGGCGAGUUCCAGUUUAAAAUUAUGUAUAGAGUUUCUUCUAAGCACCGUAAUGCGACGAAAGAAGCAAUCACUACUACGAAAAUUCGAGAUAAUAAUGUGAGAGUCACUAGAUCAAAAGCUAAAGCCUUAGGAGUGUCAAUGUCUCCCUCAAAACCCGCUUUUAAACAAGAACCGAAGCGUGUUGCUAGACCGAGUAAUAAACGAGUGGCAUCAGAUAAUUCCACAGUCUGUAAUCAUAAAAGACGGGCGGUGCUCAAGGAUGUGACUAACACUUUGGCAGAAAGUAUAAUUUCUACACAAGGCAAUGUUAAGGCUUGCAAACGAGGUCGAAAAGAGACUAAGCAAAUAAGAGAAGAUGGUUUGGUAGAUGUGGAUGCCGAAAAAUCGAAAUUAGCAGAAGAUUUGUCAAAGAUUAGAAUGGUUGAAUCUUUAGAUGCCUCUGCUCCAAAGCAAAAAGAAGAUGGAUCGGAUGUCGCGGAUUAUCUUCAGAUUGUAGAUAUAGAUUCCAAUGUCCAAGAUCCCCAGUUUUGUAGCUUAUAUGCUGCAACUAUAUAUGAUAGCAUUCAUGUUGCAGAGCUUGAACAAAGACCUUCAACUAGCUAUAUGGUACAAGUGCAGCGAGAUAUCGAUCCAAAUAUGCGCGGAAUUCUGAUUGAUUGGCUUUUGGAGGUUUCUGAAGAGUACAAGCUGACUUCAGAUACACUUUACCUUACCGUGAAUCUAAUUGAUCGAUUCAUGUCUCAUAAUUACAUUGAAAAGCAGAGGCUUCAGCUACUUGGUAUCACUUGCAUGCUAAUAGCCUCAAAAUACGAAGAGAUUUGUGCACCGCGGUUGGAGGAGUUUUGCUUCAUUACAGACAAUACAUACACAAGACUAGAAGUACUAAGUAUGGAGAUUCAAGUUUUAAACUUUCUGCAUUUUCGGUUAUCAGUUCCCACCACAAAAACGUUUCUCAGGCGGUUCAUUCACGCAGCUCAAGCGUCUGAUAAGGUUCCCCUCAUUGAGAUGGAGUUCUUAGCAAACUAUUUCGCGGAGCUAACUCUUACAGAAUAUACUUUCUUAAGGUUCCUUCCAUCCCUAAUUGCCGCAUCAGCGGUUUUCUUAGCAAGAUGGACACUCGACCAAUCUAACCAUCCUUGGAACCCAACUCUACAACACUAUACAAGAUAUGAGACAUCCGCUCUAAAAAUCGCGGUACUUGCAAUGGAGGAUCUGCAGCUCAACGCCAGUGGAAGCACCCUUAUCGCUAUACGCAACAAAUACAACCAACAAAAGCAUUUUGCAUCAGGUGGAUCAGUCCUAGUUUCAGACAUCAGUUUUGACGAGAAGAAGGAAGAGUACGUUGUUGUUUGGUACUUCAGUGACAAGUAUAAGAUUGAUUAUUUAGCCUUUUGCAAGAAUGGGGAAGAUCAUUACCAUGAGAUUCCAACACAGUUUGGCAUAUCUGAUAUGGUACUUACAUCUUGUGGUGACAGUCUUUACAUCUUAAACACUAGUGAUUACAUUGCAAAACUUGAUUUGUCUGGACAAGAAGGUUUCAAGGAUGUGUCCAAGAAUGAGGCUAUACUUUUACGAUUUCGUUUGCCAGGUCCUUCGAGGGAUUUUAAAUUCACAUAUGAUGCAAAGUGUAGCAAUAGCAUUGCUGUUACAUCAUCAGGAGAAGUUUUGUUAGUCAUGAACAUCUUUUCCGAGUCAACAAAGCGUAGGAUCUUCUUUCUCUACAAGGAUCCUAAUUUAGGCCCGAGUGAGAGCAUUUACAACAAGCUUGUUGAGGUAGAUUCUUUAGGUAAUGAGGCCCUGCUUCUGGAUUUGGGUAUAACCGUUCCUGCUGAUGGUGACCUUGGUAUCGAACCAAACUCUAUCUAUUUCACUCGUCAUGAUCGUGUCCGUUACCAGAAACUUUCAUGCCCGGACAUCUGUGUGUUCAAUCUUGAAACAAAGACCCUCAAACGUUUCCCUGGUCUCUCCAACUUAAAGAUCAAGGAUGCUCGAUGGUUUCUCAUGUCUUGAUUUGUUUCUUUUUACUGCAAUUUGGUGUCCUUGAGAAAUGAACCACACUUUUGGUGCUUUAAAAAUAUUCUCAGGACCUGAAGGCUUUGUAGUUAGCAGUCUUGACAUAAAUUAAACAACACAAGUCAAGGUAAAAAUUAUACGAAAUUGUGUUUUCUCUUGUGCCAACCUUUUCCUGUGUUGAGUGACCAAAAACUUUUGGAAUAAUGUGAAAAGCCUAUU